AUGAUAUGGAAAUGUUUCAUGGAGGCCGUGGCGGAAGAGUCUGCAGGGAAUGAUGUGAAACCUGUGUUGAUGACUCAAGCGGUCAACCUGCGGAGAAAGGCGACGCCCCCGUUUUCGGAUGAUAGUUUUGGUAAUUUAGUGUGGCCAGCAAUGGGCUUGUGGAGCAACCCUGUAGAAAAGGAGUCGACAGAGUUGGUGAGUGAGGUGAAAAAAGUGAUAGCAAAAAUAGAUGGUGAGUUUGUGAGACGAUUGGGGAGUGAUUGUAUGCUUGAACUUUUGGAGGAAUUGAGGAAUGUGUUGCCUCAAGAAGCUACUUAUCUUGAUUUCAGUAGCUGGGCAAAUAUGGGUCUUUCCGAGGUUGAUUUUGUGAUCUUAUUUGAUUCGAAAUCCGGAGGUAUAGAAGCAUCAGUAGUUCUUAAUCAAAAAAUAUGUAGCAAGGUUUGA